GGACUGACAACUGCUGACCUAUGGCCGGUCUUCGAAGGGGAAGGAGCCCCCUAUAAAAUAGCCCACAGCGGACAGCCCAGCCACCAGCCUGUGGGUCAGCUGUGGAGAGAAUCUCCAUCGCCACCAUGAACUUCUCCGGCAAGUACCAAGUGCAGAGCCAGGAAAACUUCGAAGCCUUCAUGAAGGCAGUCGGUCUGCCCGAUGAGCUCAUCCAGAAAGGGAAGGACAUCAAGGGAGUGUCGGAAAUCGUGCAGAAUGGGAAGCACUUCAAGCUCACCAUCACCACUGGGUCCAAAGUGAUCCAAAACGAGUUCACCUUGGGGGAAGAAUGUGAGCUGGAGACCAUGACUGGGGAGAAGGUCAAGACGGUGGUCCAGCUGGAAGGUGAGAAUAAACUGGUGACAACAUUCAAAAACAUCAAAUCCGUGACUGAACUCAAUGGUGACACACUCACCAGUACCAUGACUCUGGGCAACAUUGUCUUCAAGAGAAUCAGCAAGAGAAUUUAGACAAGUCUGCAUUUUAUAUUUUAUUGUGUAAAAUUAAUGUAAUAAACUUUGUUUUAAAAAAA